UGGCGGGCGGGCGAACGAAGGUUGCGGGGGCCGAGUAGCGGUCGCGGUGCUCUUUAGUCUGCGUGUUGAGGAGAUUUUGUCGAGGCGGCCGCGGUACGAGUCCGGAGCGGUGCGGUGACCCGAGCCCGCCCGCCCGCUCGCUCGCUCGCUCGCAGAGACUCAGCUGCUUCGCCGGCCGCUGCCUCAGUCAGUAGCUGCUCUCCGCUCUCCCUUUCCGGCUGAAAAUGGCGAAGAACACGCUGUCGUCGCGCUUUCGAAAGGUGGACAUCGACGAGUUCGACGAAAACAAGUUCGUUGACGAGCAGGAAGAGGCUGCCGAGCUGCAGGGGCCGGACGGGGCCGAGGUGGAGAGUCUCCUGAGGCAAGGAGACAUGAUGACCGCUUUCCACGUUGCACUGAGGAACCCUCCAGUCAACACUAAGAAUGCUGUAGUGAAGGAAAGGGCUCAGGCCAUCGUGCUGAGAGUGCUGACAUCGUUCCGGAGCAGCGAGAUUGAGACGGCCGUUCGUUCCCUGGACAGGAACGGCGUGGACUUGUUAAUGAAAUACAUCUACAGGGGUUUUGAGAAGCCUACAGAAAACAGCAGUGUCAUUUUGCUGCAGUGGCACGAAAAGGCAUUUGCUGUUGGAGGUCUGGGGUCCAUUGUACGAGUUCUCACAGCUCGAAAGACUGUCUGAGAGACGGACCCCACUCUGGCAUGGAGAGUCGCAUCGGAACACUAUUAGUUUUAAAACGGAUUAUUCUACGCCGAUCCCGAGGAGAACACUCUCACAGCAAGUGAGACCUGCAGUGUUGUAUCCCAAUGCCUUUUUCAGUUAAGGUUGCAAAGGGAGUUAUUCUUGUAUUUAAUGUACAUAUUUUCUUUAUAAGGUCUUGCACAUCCUCACAUUCUUCAGUUUUUUGGGGGGAGGGUGGAAUAUUUGACCUUUAAAAUUAAAUGGAAAAAGCAAUUUUCCAGCCAGUGAUUAUUCUUUGACAAAUGAUCUAGGAGAUGGAAAAAUUGGUUUGACAGAUGCAUAGGUGUGUGGGUGUGGUGCUUGGCUGGCCCAGUAUGGAGUAUGACUAUUCAUUUCUCAAUCUUUUUUUGUACAAAAAGCAUACAUGUAAUAUGACAUGGACUAAUUAAGGCUGUGGUGGGGGGUGGGUUAUUGUGAAGUGCCUGUUCCAAUAAAGCUCAUGGAUUUUUUUUAAA